AUGGCGUGGGAAGUCCAGCCGCCGCGAGUUCAAGUCACACUUGAGGGUGGGGCGCCUCUGGUUUUGAACCGAGACCUGGAAUUCAGGAAUGGUGAUAUAAUUACGGUUCAAUUUAAAUAUGAAAAGCUUGAUUGCUACUGGAAGAUUUGUUACCGUUGGACACAUGAUAAGUUGGACUACCCAGAACACCCUUGGACACGUCAGAACCGUGGUUACUCCCGAUGCUACGGUGGGGAGGACGAUAGGCAACGCAGACACGAGCGCUCCAGUACAGCUUGGGGUCCUACUCACACUCGUAGGAAUGUCCGUCAACAAGCGGACAAAGAGGAGCAGGACGACUUUGCGAUUCCAGCUAAGAGGCCAGUCCGACGGAAUCUCUAUGGGGAGGAAGACAUCCUUGCUAGUCAUGAGGCGAAGCCUCUGACCGGAGAGGAGAAGAGUUUAGGGAAAAGACCAGCCGCCAGUGAGGUGGGCGACUCUUCUGCGAAUGCUCCAGCGAAGAAGAAGGACAACGAGAGGCGGAGACGUGCUACCUCUCCUCCAACCCAUGAGAUUUCAGAGGAGGCGGCGGCGAGUUUCGUCAAGGCUGGAUGGUACAAGGCCUCCGUCGCAGAGGCACAGACUGUCAACGAGGCGAAUUUCUGGAAAAAUCUGCAGCCAGAGACGGAGGUGCCGGAUACGGGGAAGCUUCAGGCGACGGACGAUCGGGCGGCUAGGGCUCUUGGCGAUGGAGUUGAACCGGGAUGGGUGGGACCCCCUUAA